AUGGAUCCAGGAUCUGUGAGAAGAGCACGCGAGAUGGCACAAAGUGGGCAUCCGCGACACCAACCUACUUACUCUGAUCCUAUGGAGGAUGGCCCACCGGGCGAACUAAGGGCUCCUCCCCGUCGACCCAUGGGUGGGAAUCCUGCUGGACAAUCAAGACUCCCGAAACAAAAGUCCUCUACGAUAGGUUCCAAAGGAGGCAAUUCCGGCAUUGCCAUUUCCAGACCACAACAAGUACCCCAAUGGCCUUUGCCCGGCCCCCCUAUGGCUGCCAUGAACCAGCCCGACUCCGAGCCGUAUCGACCACCACCCGGACGACCAACGCAGGCUCCUAAACGACCGCCCCGACCAAGCCAAGUCCCUUCUAUGCUGGACCAGUCUCGGCUUCAGGAGCCAACUCCAGUGUUUCUUUCACCCGAGCCUGACGAUUAUCAAUCUUAUGUUCCUCCUUCUCCAUCGUCACGAAUGACUACUUCUAGUUUAGGAUCACUUCCUGACUUCCCUGAGCCCAACCAAUCGACAGCUCAAGCAUCUAAUAGGCGAAGCGUCAGCUUGAACCCCCCGAGAGCAAGCGCCAACCUAGGACCUCCGCCUUCUUCUCGCCGGGGCGUCUCAUCGUUCUACUCCCACGCAUCUUUCGUCUCGCCCAUCCCUGAAGAGAGCCUCAAUUCUAGAUCCCACGGUUCAUACGCAUCUAGCGCUGCUAUGCCCGAUAGUUGGCGUGAGAAUUCCCGUGCAGUCAGUCCGUCGUAUUACGAUGAGACAGAUUCAGAGAAGAGCCAGGACUCCGCCGACGACGAAUUCCGCGACGAGAGCAGAUUGGUCCGAAGUGCUAGCAUCGGCAAGAGAGGGAAGCCCUCACUCGUCACUACCAAAUCAGUUAUUAUGGACCCCAGCCAUCGGCCUGCACCAUCACCAGUCCAGCCUUUUGACACAGGAACAGGAUAUGUUGAUACAUCAACAAGUUCGUCCAAUACACUUCCUCUAGCGAACGCAGCGCCUGCGCAUAAUCCUCGUGAUAGCUUGAGCCCGGACGCUAUCCUAGGUGCAUUCGCAGCCGCCAGCGCAACUAAUUUAUCGGAACCACCUGCGCCUGCGCCAACACCGUCUCCUCAGCCGUACAGUCGACUUUCGGCCAUUCGACGACCACCCAAGCUCGAUAUUGAAGCCGUGAGGAAGGCGGAGGAAAGAGGCAGCAUGACAAGCUUGCCUGACUUGAUUCGACGUGCGACCCGACUCGCCACUAUGAUCGAUCAUGGUAAACGGCCGGGCAGCCGCUUCGACAAUUUGAACGAUUUCUUUGACGAGAAGGGGCAAAUGCGAGGGGGAGAUAAGGAGAACUCAGGCUUGUCGGACAUGCUGGCAGCAUUUCCUCCCCCCGCGCAACCAAGAGAUCAACAGAGCCGUGGGUCUUGGUUCCGUACGACAUCAUGGCCCUUAGCCCCUGGCCGACAAGGCGAUGUACCCUCGCGAUCCGGGGCUCGCGGCACGACACCCUCGGACCAAGAUCAGGGGAAGCGACGCCGACGCUGCUGUGGCCUGCCUGUUUGGGCAUUCGUCCUCUUGCUACUUCUACUCGUGGGUAUCAUUGUCGCCGCUGUGCUCGUCCCCCUGGAGUUCUUCGUUUUUAAGAACCUCGGCAACCAGGACAAGCCUCAAUCUGCGCUUGCUCAGUGCCAAGAAUCACUUGAUUGCAAGAACGGUGGGACCAACAUAAUGUCACAGGGAACAUGCUCGUGCAUUUGUACAAAUGGCUUUACUGGGUCUGACUGUAGUGUUGGAGGCUCCGAGGGCUGCACAAUGACAGACCUUGGCGGUGACCUCAGCAACGUAACGCUGGGCAAGAAUAUUCCACGCCUUAUUGAGGACAGCCAGAAAAACUUCUCUAUUCCCCUCUCAGGUACUGCUAUCAUGGCCAAGAUAAACUCUGAAGAGCUAUCUUGCAUUGCUCAAAACUCGCUUGUCACAUUUGAUGGCGCUGCUUCGCGCAAGAGGGAAGCCAUGUUCGAGAACCUGGCCAUCCAUUUCCAGCGAAGGGAGCAAACGCCAACACUGGUUGCCCGCGCAACUGAGCCAGCAACUGCCGUGGUUGUAUCUUCAGAGACCGCUGCCCCAACCACACUGGUGGUCGAUGAAGGAAGCCCCGAAAACGCCCCUUCCAAGACAGGCAGCACUGAUGAUGCGACCAAAACCUCUGACCCAGCCAACACGAUACAGACACAGAGCCCAUCGACCAAUUUCAAGAUCACAAACGAGAUCCUUGACUUUGCACGGGUCACAGUGCUCUACGUUCUACAAGAGGAAGAUGUCGACAGUGCUCAGGAUGCCCAAUCUGGUAUUGAUAAAUUCUUUGCUAAGGCUCGUAAAGACAAGGAUGUUCUGGCAGAGGAGGCUGGUAGCGUCAGCAUUGGUGAGAAGAACACGGUGGAUCUGUUGAGGUAUAAGAUCACCAUUGGUUCAAAGACGGUAGGAGGGAAUGCGAAGCGUCAAGUGUUAUCACCCUUGGCUACUCCCGCACAUUGGUCGGUUGGGCGUAGAUCAGUCCCUGUUUCAAGGCGAGACGGAUUGAUCAACCCCUGA